GCGGAUCACGUGACGGCCGGACCGGAAGGGCUCAAACCCGAGACCCCCGGGUGACCGGGUGGGAGCUGCUCACUCCGGUGGGUUGCCUUGUCUGCUACCAUGGCCUGGACCAAGUACCAGCUGUUCCUGGCCGGGCUCAUGCUCGUCACCGGCUCCAUCAACACGCUGUCGGCAAAGUGGGCAGACAACUUCAUAGCCGAGGGCUGCGGAGGAACCGCAGAGCACAGCUUCCAGCAUCCCUUCCUCCAGGCAGUGGGCAUGUUCUUGGGAGAGUUCUCCUGCCUGGCUGCCUUCUACCUGCUCCAGUGCAGAGCCACAGGGCAGUCAGUCUCCAGUGUGGAUCCCCAGCAGCCCUUCAAUCCCCUUCUUUUCCUGCCUCCAGCCCUCUGUGACAUGACAGGAACCAGCCUCAUGUAUGUGGCCCUGAACAUGACCAGUGCCUCUAGCUUCCAGAUGCUGCGGGGUGCAGUGAUCAUAUUCACAGGCCUGUUCUCAGUGGCCUUUCUGGGCCGAAGGCUGGUGCCAAGCCAGUGGCUGGGCAUCCUGGCCACCAUCGCUGGACUGGUGGUAGUGGGCCUGGCUGACCUUCUGAGCAAGCAAGACAAUCAGCACAAGCUCAGCGAAGUGAUCACAGGGGACCUGUUGAUCAUCAUGGCCCAGGUCAUCGUUGCCAUCCAGAUGGUGCUAGAGGAGAAGUUUGUCUACAAGCACAAUGUGCACCCACUCCGGGCAGUGGGCACUGAGGGCCUCUUCGGUUUUGUGAUCCUCUCCCUGCUCCUGGUGCCCAUGUACUACAUCCCUGCCGGCUCCUUCAGUGGAAACCCCAAGGGGACACUAGAGGAUGCCCUGGAUGCCUUCUGCCAGCUGGGCAAACAACCGUUAAUCGCCCUGGCUCUGCUGGGCAACAUCAGCAGCAUUGCCUUCUUCAACUUCGCAGGCAUCAGUGUAACUAAAGAAUUGAGUGCCACCACCCGCAUGGUGCUGGACAGCUUGCGCACCGUGGUUAUCUGGGCCUUGAGCCUGGCCCUGGGAUGGGAAACCUUCCACCCUCUGCAGAUCCUUGGCUUCCUCAUCCUCUUGACAGGCACUGCCCUCUACAAUGGGCUGCACCGCCCACUGCUGGCCUGCCUGUCCAGGGGCUGGCGCCCUGCCCCGGAAGCCGAGCGUGAAAGACUGCUAGAUGGCAACCGGACUCCCAUCAACGAAACCAACUGAGCCUCUCACGGGGCCUCUGCUACCACCCAGUGUUCUCUCUUCACCCUCUUCACCCUGAGGCUGAGGCCACAUGGGCUGGUGGGCCUUGAAAGCCCUGUCCCCAAGGCCUUACCUGCCCCUUCCCUACUGACCCUCCAGGGCAGCUGUUACCAUUGAAGGCAAAAGGACACCCAGCUCCUUUUCUCCCCACUACCUACAGGAUGGUGUGACCCAGUCCCCACAGGCCUGAGUGUCACUGACCCCAGCCCUCCCAGCAGUACUAGAGCUAAAUCAUGAAUUCAAAAGGCAGGAAUUUACAACCAUAGUAUUUCUGAAUCAUAAACUAGAUUGUCAUGAUAGAUUAUCUAGCUUAUGAAUCAUAAGCUUCAAAGAAGAGAAACCAGUGAGCUGGCUCAAACCAGAACUAAGUACUAUAUUUUCUGAAACUUUUAAGAUAUUCCUUAAACCUGUCUGGAGAUCUGGGUUUCAUCCCAAACUGCUGCAAACUCAGUAUGUGCUCCUUGGCCUGUUAGCUCUGGAAAGUUGUUUUCCAUGCUGUGGCCUUUGGUGCCUUCUGGCCCCAGCAUCUUAUGGGCCUCUGAUUUUGACCAACCCAAGGAAAGAGAAACAGCCCCCUUACACCUCCCCUCCCUGUGCCUGUUUCGUUCUCAUUCACACUCCACAGGCCUCGCUGUCUGGGAAAGACUACAAGGGAAUUCCAGGCAGUCCUUGAUUAUCAUUUUAUGAACUUGUAUUUUAAAUAUGAGGAAACUGAAGCCCAGAGUUAUAAGUUUGAAAAGGGGACUCUCCUGCCAUCAGCUCUGACCAAGGAUGUGGGGGAACCCCAGGCUAUGCAGGUGCAUAACUCUGCCACAGGUGGGACCUAGAGCACAUCUGCAUCUCAACCCCACCCCAGCUGCCUAGCCUUGAAGAGAACCCCGUCAGGGUAAAGCAUUUGCCGAGUAAUGCCAGUACCCUGGGCACUGUGCAGAGUGCUUAACUUGUUGUUACAGCCUGCAGAGGUGGCACAAUGGAGAAAUCUGGCCCAGAGAAGGCUAAGUGGCUUCCCAUGGAGCCAGUAUUCUAGCCUAGUUCUGCUUCCUGACCUGAGGCCUCUCCUACCAUAGGGAUCCCUAUGGAGUCAUUGGGGUAGAAUUCUUUGGCUGCUUCCCCCAGGUACCCCCACCUGCAGAAAGGUAUGAUAUCAGGACCUCCAGCAAGCAGGCAGCCCUUAAUUCCAAUAUUGCUCUUUGGAAUGGUUGAGUGGUGCCUCAAACCAUUUUCCUAGGUGACUCAGACAUGAAACACUGAAUGCUGAAUGCCUGCUAGUGCUGAAUGGGGCCUUUGAUGAGCGAAACCCUCAGGUUGGGUCUGAUUUGAACCAGUUAUCACGAUGUGUCAGAGGCCUCUUGGGUCCACCAGCUCUAGGUCCCUAGUGGCCUCUGCUUCUCUCAACCAGUAUGUCACAGGAAGAAGGAAAUGAACAGAGGGUGAUGGAGACUGCAGCUGCCUCGUCUGAAAAGCUAGCACCUUACAAUGUUGAUUUGGAUUUUAUUUUUUAAAGGGGGAAAUGAGCAGUAUUGAACUUUUUUUUUCUUUCAGAAAAGGGAAGGGGCACAAGAGGGUCCUGGGGGUAGCAAUCUAGAAUCUUGGAGUGGAAAGCUCUAAUGUACCCAAAGCAUAGAAAUCACCUAAUCCCCUAUUCAUUGUCUAGAUGGAGAUACCAAAGCCCAGAAAGUGAAAAGAACUUCCUAUGUCACAGCCAAUUAUAGGCAAAGCCAGAUUUCCUGGUUUUGCCUAUCCCAUUCUGCCACAGAUAGAGUUGCCUAGAGCUAACACUUAGAUUCUGGGACUACUUGCCUGCUGUGGGCUGCCCCACCAGAGUGCUCAACUGCAGACUGCUUAUGAGGGUGUUGGGGAAGCACUUGGCCUUCAUUUGAGUGCUGCCCAAGGGGGCUGUUGGGUUUUUUUGUUUGUUUGUUUUGGUACUGGGGAUUGAAACCAGAGAUGAUUAAUCACUGAGCCACAUUCCCAGCCCCACAUAUAUAUAUAUAUAUAUAAAAUUUUUGUUGUUGUUGUAGAUGGAUACAAUACCUUUAUUUUAUUUUUAUGUGGUGCCAGGGAUCAAACCCAGUGCCUCAUGCAUGCUAGGCAAGUGCUCUACUACUGAGCCACAAUGCCGGCCCCCAUUUUUAUAUUUAUUUAGAGACGGGGUAUCACUGAGUUGCUGAGUGCCUCAGUAAGUUGUUGAGGCUAGCUUUGAACUCAUGAUCCUCCUGCCUCAGUCUUCUGAGUUGCUGGGAUUACAGGCAUGCACCACAUUGCACCCGGCUGGGACUAUUGAUUUUUAUGUUUGAAGGGGUGGAGGGAUUAUAGUAGGAGCUUGUGGUGAGGAGUGGAAGAACAUGAGGAGGGAGCUGCUUCCCCAGCCCCCUACCCCCAGUUCCCCACAAACUCGGGCAAAUCACUUUCCCUCUGAGAGCCUGCUUCUUCCAUCUGGUGUGGGAAGCCAGCCUCCAUCUCACAGGAAAGGCGGGAGCAUUACCUAAGAGAGUAGACUGGAGGGUGCUUGCCCCUGCCAUGGCACACAGAGUAAGGCUGUGCUCUCACGGGCUGCUGCAACAAUGGCUCUGAAGAACCAACUUCAUGCAGAGGGACAGAAACGUUUCGUUCCAGCACACAGCUGUGAAAUAUCAAGUGCACAUCGAUUAUAGAUUAAAACAGGAAACCUGGAGAAAUAUUUAUGCUGAAGGUAGGUGUCUCCCAGACCCCUGGAGAUUGCUCACCUGGACAUGGGGCUUUGGCAGGUGGGUUUGAGAGGCCUUGCAGUGUACUCCUGGUCAUCCUCUACUCUGCUGCUGAGUCUGGAAGGUUGAGGAAGUAUCUGGUUGUGGCCUAUCUGAGUAUGUAAGGGAACCCUACAUAGUAGAAAUUAGGAUGCAGGCCCUAAGCCUGAAAUUAGAAUGGACGGAUGACUGACUGUAGUUUACAAGCAGACAGCACUGGGAGGAGCAGGGCAUUCAUGUUCUCAGCUCUGCCCAGCCUUGAUGAAUGACCUUGAAGUCAAAUGUUAACUUCUAAAGCACUGGCUGCCUUGGAAAGGGGUAGGUUCUUUGUAUUCCUGAGCAUGUUCACCUCCCUGGCACACUUGUAGGUUGUGAUUCUUGGUUUUGCCUUGACUAAGUGCCCCUCUGGCCUUUUGCUGACUACAUACUUGCAGCACCCAUUUAGCAGGAGGUUUUGUGUGUAGCUGUAAAAGUUUAUAAACCAUCUUUCUUCAUUGGGAGCGCUUGUCGAUUUUUUUCUUUUCCCUUUUUUUUUUUUCUUUUCGUUUUUUAAGACACAGGGCAUUUGAGUCUCACCCUAGGGCAGUGAAUCUCAAUCUUUCCCCCUGAAAUAGCCCUAACCCUAGAUGAGAACAAGUGGGAGCUGGGUUUGGGAGGGAUGGUCUGGAAGGGCAAUGUAGCCUGUAAUUAUUUUUUAAAACUGCCUUAUUUUAAAAAAGUGAAUGUGAAAUUUGUGAUGUGCUCUAUGUUUGUGUUUCUUUUAGUGUACACACAAUUUUAAAUUAGUUGCCAUGAGAUAAAACUGAUGACCCAGGAAGUCA